AGUUGCCUGCUUAUUCGUUGAGGUUCUUGUCACUCAAGGGGGAAGCGGAAGCGGUGAGGGUGGUGGAAGGAACAUGGAGGAGGAGGCGGCGGCGCGGGAGAGGGGCAACCUGGCUGGGGUCCAGCACAUCAUUCUGGUCCUCUCUGGGAAAGGGGGAGUUGGAAAGAGUACCAUCUCAACAGAGCUGGCCUUGGCUUUAUCACAUGCUGGGAAAAAGGUCGGGAUCUUGGACGUGGACCUGUGUGGCCCCAGCAUCCCUCGCAUGCUCAAUGUGCAGGACUGUGAUGUCCACCAGUGUGACAGUGGAUGGGUCCCAGUCUUUGUUGACCAAGACAAAAGCAUUGCUCUCAUGUCUAUUGGCUUUCUUCUGGAGAAGCCGGAUGAUGCUGUAGUCUGGAGAGGACCAAAGAAAAAUGCUUUGAUUAAACAAUUUGUGACUGAUGUUACUUGGGGAGAACUCGAUUUCUUGAUUGUGGACACACCCCCUGGGACCUCUGAUGAGCAUAUCUCCAUAGUAGAAGCCCUUCGACCUUAUAAGCCUCUUGGGGCAAUUCUGGUUACAACGCCACAGGCGGUGUCUGUAGGGGAUGUGAGGCGAGAGCUAACAUUUUGCAAGAAGACAGGAUUACGAGUCCUUGGGAUUGUGGAGAACAUGAGUGGGUUCAUCUGUCCACACUGCACGGUGAGAACUGCAUGCUUAGCUGAACAAGGAAUGCACAAAUGUAUUUUCCAAAGGGGGUGGUCAAGAGCUGGCCAAACACUCUGGGGUCCCACUCCUUGGUUGUGUGCCUCUGGAUCCACAAAUCGGUCGGAGCUUGGAGGAAGGAAAAGACUUCCUUCUGGAAUUCCCCAAGAGUUUAACCUACCCUGCGCUAGCCGGUAUUGCUCAACAUAUCUUGACUGGAAUACCCAACCGCAGUUCCUGAGCUGGGAGGCAAUCUACACUCAUCACUAAGAGAAAGGAGCUGAGUUGAUCUGGAAAACAGCUCAACAGCCCAAGGAGAGGAUCUUCGGACAGAUCAAAUUUAAAAGGGGCGUGAUGAGCAAAGCAUGGCCCUUGGCGUCAGAACCUAUGUUUUCUUUCUUGAUCAGUGAAUGCCACAUCUGCCUUGAAGCAGCCAAGUCUUUACUUGGAUAUUUAAACAUAUUGUCAGCUUUUUGCUGGCAUAAAUUUGGGUCAGGCAUGGCACCCCAGACUGCGUGGCAUAGUCAUGUGUGCAAAAGCCUUGUUUGAUCUGUGUCACUUUUAAUUCCAUUUCCUUGUUGCUGAAUAGAAGCAAUUAUGACUCAGGAAUUAUUGGUAAGCAAUAUUCUAUAUUUUGUUAGGAUUAUGGCAUGCACAUUUGUCUGUUUAUAUCUUGUCUCCUGUUUUUUAGGUACGAUUAUUAAGACAUGCAGAACAAAAAUAAAAGAAAAAUAAAAACAAAAGUAUUGUGGUAUCAUGAAGAUAACAUCAAUACCAUAUUGCUAGUUCCUGUUAGAAUGCACCUGUUUACUAGCAAAAAUUUAUAUACAGCGGUGCCCCGCAUAGCGACGUUAAUCCGUUCCAGGAUUAACGUUGCUAUCUGGAUUAACUAAGUUAUUUCCAUGACCCCAGAUAUAUUAUGUUUUACUCUCUUAGACUGACUUCUCCAAGCUUCUCUGUUUUCCUUUUUUUUUUUUUUUUUUUUGUCUAUAACAAAUAUUACAGUAAUUGGCCUAUAAUUAGAGACAUUACUUUUUUGGACAACAACUUCUAGAAUACCUCAUUUAAUCGUAUAAUAGCCAUCCAGAUGGCAGUGCUGGCUGGGAUAUAAAAAAAGCAACAAAAACUUUUCCCUAUCCAUAAUUUUCUGGAACUUCCCUCUCGUAACAGAGAUCCUGCUGUAAACGAAUUGGCUGCAUUGCCUCCUUUCUAGUCCUUUGAUACAGGGGUGAGUAUUAGGGAGAAGUUGAAUUUUUUUGUUUGUUUGAUUAAGAAUUUCUUAUUUACAUAAAGGGCUCUCAUCCAUGCAGAUAUAGUAAUACUGUAUACUUAAUUUUUCCCCCUUUGGCCUAAAUCCUUAGAACUUAUUUGACUCGAACCUUCUAUGAGAGAUGGCUAGGAGAGAAAAUGACUGAACACCCCCAGGAAUCACCUGCAACCUCCAGCUGUAACCACUCAUCCCUUUGCAUACAAUUCACUCUUAAUUAUUCAGCCACCUCCCUGACCAGUAGAGGAUUAUUUCAAAGCAGAAUUUUUACACACACGCACGCACACACACAAACCUGAUUGCCUGGAUUAGCAGAAUUUAAGGAAUUUGAACUGCAGGUCAGACAUCUAAAGAGUCUUAAUUUCUAUUAGCCUGGAUGUAUUCCCAAGUGCUAAACUCUUUUUAUUGUAUUUGCUCAGUUUACAGUGUGUCUGCCUGAAGAGGUGGGGGCUGCCCGUCUGUGUCUGCUUGAGCUCACCCUUUUCUUCUUUGAAAAGGAGUUGCAAAAUUCAGUCUGAGCCGAGGGUGGGAAACCCUCCUCUCUUAGUGCAAUGCAAGAGACAUUUUCCUGCCGAAAGGGAGACGACGGCGAUCCAGAAAUCAUCAGACUACACCAGGGGUGGGGAAUUAAUUUCUAUAGGGGGCCCCAUGAAAAAUCUGAACUCUGUUCGGGGGCAGAACCAACUUAACUUAAAAAUAAAAGAUAAGCAACUGAUCAACUUUAGACAAAAAGCUAUAAAUGGUUUUGAU